UGCUCGGCUGCAGCCAGCCCAGCCGGCCGGCUGCCUCUCCUCUUCUGGGGCACAGGACCUGGGGGGCCCCCUUUUCCCCUUGCCUGGGCCAGCUCUUCUCUCGGACCUCUCACCAUGCUCUGGCUAUGGCUCCUGGUCUUCUUCUUGGCUGCUGUGUCCACCGCCGGGCUCCAGGGCAUCCCAGGUGUUACCCUGCACUCUAGAAGGCGCCUUACUACCGUAGAGGAAGAGAGGGCACGGACCAAGAGGGGAACAGAGGAUGAUGAAUCGAAGGGGGUACAACAGUACAUGCCUGAGCAGUGGGCUGAAUAUCCUCGGCCCAUCCAUCCCGCUGGUCUACAGCCCACCAACCCCCUGGUGCCUACAAGCCCCAACCCAGACCAGGAGGGGGGUGCCCAAGGAAGCGGACAGGAGCCCUACGGCAACCUGACAGGCACCCCCGGGCAGAGGCUGCAGAUUCAGAAUCCCCUCUACCCAGUGACGGAGAGCUCCUACAGCGCCUAUGCGGUCAUGUUCUUGGCACUGGUGGUGUUUGCCGUGGGCAUCGUUGGCAACCUGUCAGUCAUGUGCAUUGUGUGGCAUAGUUACUACCUGAAGAGUGCCUGGAAUUCCAUCCUGGCAAGCCUCGCUCUCUGGGACUUUCUGGUCCUCUUCUUUUGCCUGCCCAUUGUCAUCUUCAAUGAGAUCACCAAGCAGAGGCUGCUGGGUGAUGUCUCUUGCCGGGCCGUGCCCUUCAUGGAGGUAUCCUCGCUGGGAGUCACGACCUUCAGCCUCUGUGCCUUGGGCAUCGACCGCUUUCACGCAGCCACCAGUCCCCUGCCCAAGGCCCGGCUCAUCGAGCAGUGCCAGUCAAUUGUGGCCAAGCUGGCGGUCAUCUGGGUGGGUUCCAUGACACUGGCCGUGCCCGAGGUCCUGCUGUGGCAGCUGGCACAGGAGCCUUCACUCACAGCAGGCACCAUGGUGGACUCAUGCAUCAUGAAACCCUCGCCUGGCCUGCCUGAGUCCCUCUACUCCCUGGUGAUGACAUACCAGAAUGCCCGCAUGUGGUGGUAUUUUGGCUGUUACUUCUGCCUGCCCAUCCUCUUCACUGUCACCUGCCAGUUGGUGACCAGGCGUAUCCGGAGCACCCCAGGGAAGAAGCCAGAGUGCCGGGCGAGCAAACACGGACAGUGUGAGAAGCAGCUGAACAGCACUGUGGUGGGCCUGACUGUGGUGUACGGCCUUUGCACCCUGCCAGAAAACGUUUGCAACAUCGUGGUGGCUUAUCUCUCCACGGAGUUGUCCCGGCAGACCCUGGAUCUCCUCAGCCUCAUCAACCAGUUCUCCAUCUUCUUCAAAGGCUCAGUCACCCCAGUUCUUCUCUUGUGCCUCUGUAAGCCCUUAGGCCAGGCCUUCCUGGAUUGCUGCUGUUGUUGCUGUGACGAGUGUGGGGCAGAUGAAGCCGCCUCUGCUGACGGCUCGGACAGCAAGCUCAAGACAGAGAUGUCCUCCUCCAUCUAUUUCCACAAGCCCAGGGAGUCACCCCCUCUUCUGGCACUGGGCACUCCAUGCUGAGUCCUGGCUGGAGUUGGGGGGUGGUGGGAGGUGGGACACUCUAGACCAGGGGUGCAUUCAGAUUUUUCUUCCCAUCUUGCCAUCUAAAGAUGGACUUCAUCCUAUAGAGGUUUGGGGAUGUCAAAGACCCCUUCCCCAACAGUGGCCCUCCUGGCCAGUCCCCUUCCCCACCCCAUCCCCAAUACUGCCCCAUGGUGGAGAAGAGCACUCAGCUUUGCAGUUUUGUUUGGUGGGUAGACCUGCCCCCAUUCCUUUAGCACCACUCUUAGCCUCCUAGCCAGAAGCCGAAGUCUCGCCUGCAGACUCCGUCCCAAUUCUGCAUCCCAGUUUUCUCCAGGCCUGCCUUCAGGAUCCUUCUCUGCCCCCCUGCUUUUAGCCCUUCUUUCUCUCUCUGCCAAAACACAUACAUCCACAUACUCUGUGUCCCCCACAUUCAGAAAAAAGGUGGCUCCAACUUGGCAGGGGCUGGGUGAUCCCAGCCAUUCCGAGCACCACCCUGCCUGGCCCAGAGAUUUCUAAGCUCCCAGAUGACUCUUCCUCUUUCUUCCUUCUUGUCUCUUCUCUUCCUGGGGUGGCCCUGGGCACAAUUUCUUCCCAGUCCCCCUGCCAAAUUCUGACCUGUAGAAGAACCUAAGAAACCAAUAAAUUAGCUAGAACUA